GGUCUUGAUCAUACAGGCAAGGUGCACUGCAGCCUAGAGACAGCCAUUUGCUGAGCUCUACACCAACACACAGUAGCCGUCAAGCAACAGCCGCAAAUGAGAAGAGAGAGGCAUUUCCGAUGUCUGAAGCAAAAUUCCAGAAAAAAGUUCUACAUUUGUUGGCUGAGAUGAGAAACGAUAUCUCUGACUUAAAAGGCAGGCGUCGACAAAAUGAAGCUGGAGAUGAUGAUGACCUUAUUUCCCAGUCUCAGACACUUGAUGACUUCUCGGUUCUGGAAAACUCGAUAAGAAGUCCAGAGGAGAGAAGACAUUUGAUACAGAAACUAUCAUUGGUCGGAGGAAUUAAUGUUAAAGACAAUGUUAAACGUAUUCUUGAGAAACUGAUGUCUAAUGAAUUGAUGUCGAAAUUCAACAUGAAAGGCAAUCGUCAGAAGAUGGCUUUUGAAAAAACUGGAUUGAUUAAAGUUGUACAAGCAAGUGCUAUGAAGACGUUCGCAACCACUGAGCAGGAUGUAAAUGUAGCCGUGGCAGGUUGCCUGAAGUAUGCUCCAGACAGACGUGGCGGUACUGGAAGGGUCAAGUGUUGAAUCAAACCAGAGAACAAGCUGAUCAUGAUAUGGAUGAUAACUCUUUCUUUCAUGUUUAAAUUCAUUUAGAUCAACUUGUCAAGCAGGCGUCUUGUGGAGGUGUUGCUGAAAACGCCAAUUUAAACCUACUGUAGAGACAUUUCAGGAGAUAUUUAUGUCUUUAUAUUGAUUCUGUGAAUUCUUUCGAAUAGCUUUUUGACUAACAGAACGUCUUAUGUAAAACAUCCUCAUUUUUCAUUGUAAUAUUUUAUCGAUGUCUAGGAAACCCACACAAGCUUGAUUAUAUAUAAACGUAUUUGCCCGUCCGCUUUGCUAUUAGGGAGAGCGUUGGUUUACAGAUUGCAAGGUCGUGAGUUUGAUCUCGAGCAGGACAUGUUAUCCAUGACAAUUCGAUAAAAGACACUGUGUCUGAAAUCAAUCUUCCUCCUCUGCCUCUGAAAAUUCAUGUGGAAGUUGUCAGUUACUUGCGGGGAACAGGUUUAAACUGGUACAGAAUCCAGGAACACUGGUUAGGUUAACUGCCCUUGCUGCCAUUACAUAACUGACUGUUGAAGAAUGGUGUUAAACAGGAAACAAACAAGAACUUACUUAGAGCUUUUAUCCAAAUAUAUCUAGUAAUGACUUGUUACUGUGAAAUUACAAAUUCAUUGUUGUUCAGUUUUGUUACUUGAAUGUAUAUAUAUAUAUUAAUGUAAAAAUAGAACCGAAUUAAGUUUUUAUGUGCACUACUUAAGAACUUUGUCAGUUCAGGAAUAUUUAAAUGAAAAUAUUCAGGCAAUACAUUACAUAUUUUUACUGCUUGUUCAUUUUUAGCUCGACUAUUCAAAGAAUAAGUAGAGCUAUUCUACUCACCACGGCGUCACACCUUGGUUAAGUUUUUCGUACCAGUCCACAUUUUGACAAAGUCUUUUGAGAUAAAGCUUUGAAACUUUCAACACUUGUUUACCAUCAUCAUGGCCAGUUAUAGGCAAGAGCACAUAACUCCAUCAAGGUUUUUGGCUGAAUUAUGGCCCCUUUUGACUUAGAAAUCAUGGUUAAGUUUUUCGUACCAGUUCAUAUUUUUUGUAAAGUGUUUGACAUAUGGCUUCGAAACUUUUAUCACUUGUUUAGUAUAAUAGUGUCUGUCUGUAAGAAAGAGUACAUAACUCUGUCCUCUAUUUUGGCUGAAUUUUGGCCCUUUUUGGACUUAAAUUGGUUCUGUUUUCAUACAAGUCCAUGUUUUGUUAAAACUAUUUGACAUAUGGCUUUUAAACUUUGAACACUUGUUUAUCAUUAUGAUUUCCAUCUGUAGGCAGGAGUACAUAACUAUUUUGACUGAAUUAUGGCCCUUUUUGGACUUUGAAAUUAGCUCAUACAUUGCCAUUUAGUGCAAGACUUAUCGAAAUCAAAGAAAUACAGGAACAUUGUUCGUCUAAUCUAUUUAUUUCUUUUGUCUGAAUAUCCGUGGAAAUAUUUUGACCCCAUUCUUCAAUCAAUGCUUCGAAUAGUCAAGCGCGCUGUUUGUUAGUAUAAUUAUUAAUCCGUUGACCAUUUUAAAUUUAAGGUAGAGAAUGUGAACAGCUAUUAAAAGUUGCACAAAAUAUUUAGUGAAACAUAAGAAUUAGCUUUUCCAGAUUCUGCAGAUAAAUCCAGGUUCAUUUAAAGUGGCCAAUAGUUCAUAUAUGUCUGUAUAUAGUUGUUAGAAAUUUAGGGAUCAAAUUUUUGUUUACUAAGUUGCAUAUAUAUUGCUUAAAAUUUGUUCAAUUUUCAUCCAGUCAUAAAUAUAUAUACAUAUGUAGUUAAAACUAUCAUCUGGCAAUUUCAACUUUUAAUUGUUGCAAACUGGCAAGCUAAUCAAUAAUUAUAAGAUUUUUAUGUACAUAAAUCAUUGCGUAAAUAAGUGGGUUCAUAGUUUGUACCAAAGUACUUAUGAUAGCUCUGUAUUCAACAAAAGAAAAAGAAAAAAAAAAUAUGAAGAAAAUUUAAAUUGAAUUUCUAAUGUUUUCAAAAUAAUUGUCCUGUUUUGUCGGCUGUAUUUAUGGCGCUGUAUUUAUAUAGUUUGCAUCUUGAUGACGAGUUCUGUUUUUCGUUUUGAGUGAUAACUUUUUAUUGAGAUAUGUUUAAUGUGACUUUGAAAAAAAUGUAUAAAGUAUUUUUUGUUUGCAGUACAUCUUAUAUUAAAUUGUCUAGGUAUAUGUAUGAUACAUUUUCUGAUUAUAUUAGUGGACCCAAGAGUUGAGAAAACAGUAUUAAUAGGCGAGGGCAAAUACAGUUUCAAGCACAUAUAUUUUGACCAAGAAGUGUUUUACAGUAAAAUUAAUGUUGGCAAUUUUUCUUGCAAGUUUCUGCUUUAUAUCCAGGAAAUCUGAUAGUAAUGUGAUGAAAAUAGACAAAUUUUCAUAGAGCUCCAACUCUAGACUGGCUUUAUAUUUAAAUGUAUAUAGGUCUAUAAAUUUUGCAUCAAAGUAUUAAUCUUACCAGUAUUAACAUUCGGUGUCUUUAUGUUGCAUUGGUAAAAUUUCGUGAAUUCUUAUCAGUACUUUGAUUGUCUUACUUGUUUUAUUUUUGCUUUAUGAACAUUUGAUAUUUCAUUUUCAACCCUCAGCUUAGCUACAACUUUGAUAAGCUUGUGUUCAUUAUUCCAUUCUUUGUACAGUUGAAUUCGAAACAUGUUUAUUUUGAAACUUCUUGUUUUGUUUCACAUUUUUGUGAUAUUUGACAAGACUGCAUGCAGUUCGUGUGUGCAUGUACAGUCGGUUUAUAUAGUCCUGAUUGUCAAGAUAAUUAUGUAUGUACAUGUAGAAUUGCACCUGCAUGGGAUCUACUUUUACUUUAACAAAUUUUAAGUAUUAAGAGCAAUAAAUUCCAAAGGCAUGACAAAAUAAAAAUAAUGAUUGCUCCUUAGGUAUGUAAAAAUUGUAUAUGUCACGGUUAUAUUUUAUAUGCUCAGUACAUCUAAAGAGCAACGUUUUUACCUUCGAUUUCUUUCAUACUUUCCUUGUACAUGUAUAUUCGAAUUUUAUAUAGUAGUAUUGUAAAAAUGUUUAUAAACCUUACCUUCAUAAAAAAAACAACAACAACAAAAAACAGUCAAGUAAGUGUAGUUUAUAUAUCUAUUAAUUAUCACGUUAAAAAGUUACUGACUAAAGUCCAAUUAAGUGUUGCAUUUUUAGAUGUACUAAAUGAGCCUUAAAAUAGUUUCACCUGUAUAUAUUUGUUUCUGUUUCACAAAUUGUCUAAAUAAAACCAUUGUUUAAAAAUAAUUCAGUGU